AUGGCGGAGAUCCGCUCCAAGGUGCGUUGCUCGAGAGGCCUUCUCAACUUUUCCCUCGGGUGCUGGCGUCGAAUCCGCGAGCUGGGAGGUGCUGCUGCGCCGUCAGGUUUUCUCGAUCGAGUCGGGCGCAGUCACCUGAAAGCGAGCGGGGUUGGACGCAGAAACCUGCAAUUUCCGGCCCCAAUUCGGGGAACCUCUACGAGCUUCUUGGUAAUGCUCGCCCUUCCCUCCCUACCUGCCUCCCCACCUGAGUUUACCCUGUUCUGCAAUACCCAUCGUGUCUUUCCUUCUCUUGACUUCGUUCGCAUUUUGCGGAUUCGCCUACACCCCGCUUCUGGAAAAAGGACAGCAUUUCUAACAUCGUGCGUGCUUUUUUCGCGCUGCGCGGCUACAGGCAAUGACCCUGAACUCGACCCCAACAGAGCUCCCGAGCCUCCCACGAAGGCUGUAGACAGGCCCGCUCCUCGCGUUGGCAAGCGUGAUGCUCCCAAGGAGGUCCCCAGCCAGCCCCGUGAGAACAACACCCCUCGCCGUGGUGGCCGUGCCACUGGCAACGAGGCCGCUUUCCGUGACCGCAACGCUGGCAGAUCCAACAACCGUGAGAAGCCCACCGAGGAUGGCAAGGACGCCCAACGGCGUGGAUUCCGCGCUCGCGAAGACCGUGGUGAGCGUGUCCGCCACGACCGCCAGUCUCGCACCGGCCAGACCGACACCCGCAAGCAGGUGAACCAGGGCUGGGGUAACCAGAGCGGCGAGAAGACCCUUGACGAUGAGAAGGCCGGCGAGAACAUUGCUCACAACGAGGAGAGCGAGCCCCAGACUCCCGCCGAGCCCGAGGAGCCCGCCGACAAGUCCAAGUCCUACAACGACUACUUGGCCGAGAAGGCCGCCCAGGGUGACCUGAGCGCCAAGCCCGUCCGUGCCGCCAACGAGGGUAGCAAGCUCGACAAGAAGUGGGCUGCCGCCAAGGAGCUCAAGCGUACCGAGGAGGACGAGUACUUCAAGGGCAAGGAGGACAAGUCCAAGCGCGAGAAGCAGCGCAAGGAGAAGAACGUCCUCGAGGUCGACAUGCGCUUCGUUGAGGCUCCCCGUGGCGGUGCCAGCGGUCCCCGUGGCCGUGGUGGCCGUGGUGGUCGCGGUGCCCGCGGCGGCCGUGGCGCCGGUCCCCGUACUGAGCGCCCCACCGGCGCUGCCCCCGCCUCCGUCUCCGUCGACGAGAAGAACUUCCCGAGCCUCGGCGGUAAAUAAGUGCAUCCAUGCCCUUCGCAUGAGCCAUCUUCUCCCUUUACUCCCUAGCACUAGGUAGUCGAAUCCAGGGAUCGAUGACAUGGAACGAAAAUGAAAGAGGAUCUGAACAAGCGCUCCGGAAAAGGGAAAGAGGGAAAAGGACGUAACAAAAAGAGACAGUCAGAAAAAAAAAUCCAAAGGUUAUGUGCAAAUGGCCUCCCACGCAAGCUAACUUAUGGUACGUACGGUAUGGAUGAUGAUGCCAGUGAACUCUUUUUUCUUAACCAACCUUUUUUUUU